AUGAAGGGGAAGGCCAAGCCACCUAAGACCCCCGAUGUUGGCGGGAAGGAUCGGGGGUCGGCGAACAACUCCUCGGAGUUUGUUCCAGGUGUGUCGGAGGCCGAUUGGGACUUUCUGCAGGGCAUAGACGAGAGAGACUCCUUUAUCGCCGGCCUAGUAGGAAGCUUGGUUGAGGACUCGCUCAACACUUGCCAAGCGCGAAUUUUGAAGCAACAGGCAUCUGCCUACGCGGCGGAUAUCUUCUGCCAAAUUCUAGAGUGCACUGUUGAGAACUAUUUCCUCUCGACAGAUCUGGAAUUCGGACGGGAUGAGAUCUGGGCAGAAGAUGAGCCUCCAAAAGUAUCGAUAAUCGACUCGUGGAUGAGUAACAAAGUGCCGGUGAUUCGAACUCCCACUGAUAGGCCUUUCUCUCGUCUCUCUGCCUCGACUUCGAGUACGCUGAUUUCAGAGGAGCAGCUGCAGAACACACCAAACACUCCAGAGUUUGAAUCUCCUAUUCCCCCGCCGAAGAAACUCUCGGUCAACAGAACGAUAAACGGACGACGAAAAGACUCCCCAAAGAUCAAAAAAGGAAGUCUAACUCCUUCGCCUCUUCUGAGCGACGAAGCAGAGCUGCUUCUUUCGCCCGUUAUUCCGCCAUCUGGCAAAGGAGGUUUGAAUCCUCUCCCGAAGAUUCAAAAGUACGGAACCGACUCUUUCCGUGGAUCAGUCAAGGCCGCCUCGAAGCAUUUGGUCGAGUACGACGAAGUAGGCAAUGUUAUCAGCGUUGCUAAAAUCGGCGUGGAUCAGUUGCCCCGCGCCAGCAAGAACCGAACGUCUUACAAGAUCGAGUCUCCGUCCUCGAUGAGUGAGGCUUCCUCGACGAGCGCCCCUCCUGCUCUGCUGAACCGGCCGCGGCGAAUUACAAAAGUGCGAGAAAACAACAAACCCGUCAAGUGCAACACCCAAAUCAUCACUCAUGCCAACUUCCCGUGCGGCGUAUCGAUGGACGAAAUUGGACCAAGAGCAAUUGCCAAAGGUUCUCAACGCUCUCCGCGAGUAGUGGAUCUGGCUCCGAUCAGAAUGGUGAAUCGCCAAAAAGUGAAGCCAUCGGACAUCGUCACUUCCUAA